GUGAAGCUGUUUGCAAUGACACGGCCUGCAGAGGGGACUUCUACGUGAGCUACAACAAAACAGACAUGGAUGAAUCUGUUUUACAUGUGAAGGACUCGGAGACCGAUUUAAUCCCAGAUACCACCCUACGGGUAGGAGGAGAGAGCUUUUAUGUCAACCGUCAACGUCUGGCCUUCCAGAGUCCUUAUUUCAGGGCUCUGUUCUUUGGCUGUGGUGUGGAGCGAAACAAGACGCAGGUAGAGAUCAAAGGUGUUGCUCUCCAAUAUUUUAAAGUGUUAAUGGCCUACAGUGUGACCCAAAGCCUAGCACUGGACAGAGAAAACGUUCUGGGAAUCCUAGAGACUGCAGACUUUUUACAACUGGAGAAACCCAGGCUACUGUGCUGCAAAUUUCUGGAGCGGGAGCUGCACCUCAGCAACUGUUUGGGAAUGAUGGCCUACGCCUGGCAUUUUGGUUUCUCCCAGCUACAUGCCGCAGCGCGGCAGGUGGCACUCACACACUUCUCAGCUCUCUCAACUCUAGAUGAUUUCUUAUGCCUUUCCAAAGACUUUUUAGCAGAUCUCCUUGCUAGUGAUGACCUGGCCAUCUUUAAAGAUGAUCUGGCUCUGGAGGCCACCCUGCGUUGGGUGUCUUUUGACCCUAAACGAGAGGAACAUUUCCUGGAGCUCGUUGAGCUGGUGAGGCCUGAAUCUCUCUCCUUACCAUUUAUCUCUCAGCUCUUGACCACAAUGAAAGGCUCUGAUCCCAGAGCUAGGCUCAUCAGGAACGUCAAUGAGUAUUUCCCACCAUCCUGGUCAGUGGGAAGGUCAAUGAGGAGGACCAGGGCCAGAGAGAGCCUCUACAUCCUGGGUGGGCCUCAUGAUCAGGAGGAACAGGCGCUGUAUCAGCUUCAUCCUCACAGUGGCAGAUGGGAGCGCUGUGCACCUCUGCAGAGGAAGAACCUAACUCAGUACUCUGUGGCUGCAGUGGGGGACAACGUGGUUGUGACUGGUGGCUACUUUCGGGACGUGCUGUGGUUCAGUGUGGAUUGGGUCAGAAUUUAUGAAUGUGGUAACCAGCGCUGGGUGGACGGACCAGCCCUGCAGAAAUCUAGACACAGCCACUGCUCCAUAGGGCUGGGCUCAGCCCUGUUUGUUCUGGGUGGGAGUAUGGAUGAAAGUCUUGUGGCUGAUGUGGAGAAGCUGGUUCUUGGAGCAGGGGAGGGUUGGGAGGGAAAGAGCCCUAUGGUCCGGGCGGUGGAGAGAGCAGCCGCCGCCGCUGUGGGAACAUGCAUCUAUGUGGCAUGUGGCCUGGAUGAAAAUGGGGAUGUGUAUGCUGGGAUUCAGAGGUAUGUGGUGAAGGAGGAUCAGUGGGAUGUGGUCUCCUAUUCUCCAUUUCCGAGGUACGACCUGGUAGCCACAGAGCUCAACAGCGCUCUCUAUCUGAUUGGAGGUCAAGCGCUGCGUUUUGAUGUGGACACUGACGAGUGGACGGUGCUAGACGAGGAGAAUCUGGAGAAAAAGUUCUUCUGCGGCUGCGCCACGGUCAGCGGUCAGGUCUAUCUGGUCAGUGAGAGGAAAAGUAACAAAGCUUUUCCAAACAUGCUGCUGCUUGACCCCUACAUAGACACGUGCAUUGAGGUAGACGACGCUCUGCCCUGUCCAGUGCCCCUCAGAGGAUGUGUCACCAUGAGGGCAGUCACCUAACACCACAAGACUCAACAUCUGUUCCACUGUUUUUGCUUAUGUACAGUAAAGAUGCCCUAAAGGGGUUUACCACCUCUAGGUGAAAUUUAUUCUGUGGCCGUUAUCCCAAAAGAUGGAUAAAUGGGAAACAGCAUUUUGUAAUCAGGCCAGUCAUUCUCCUAAUCUGGCAGUAUUCUGUUUGCUUUAGCUCAGCAUAAACAAUGUAAGUGAAUGGCAACAACUAGCAUUUCAACCAUUCAAAUUCAAAAAGACACAAAUACAUGGCAUCUUUAGGCUUGUAGCUGAUUGACUUCUUUAAAGGAAUAGCAAAAGAAGUUGCACUAGAAUUGUUGACUACAUGACAAUUGAAGUGGGUGUCUUUUGGGGUUGCUGUUUCAUGUCUUUGCACCUUGUAACGGUGGCUUAAGCCUGAUUUAUACGUCUCCAUCUGCGUGGGCACGGAGACGUGCAACGCCUUAAUGCAUCGGUGCAAGAGCUCUCCGACGGGCUCACAGAGGCUGAUGGAGACCUGCCCAAAUAUUUAACUAUCCGUCAAAAGCUUCCUUUAACUUUGUCACCAGCACUGCCAUUGCCCCCUCAAAAAAGAUCUAAGAACGUCUCGGGGAAAAAGUCAGCGAUUACUGACGUUUAUUCACUCGUGAAAGAAGGAGAACAAAGAAGCCUUUUAUUCGUGGAUGGAAAUGACGAGAACUGUGGGUUAGAGGUGCUGACCGCACGAAGAGGUGGAGCUGAAGGACAAACAUAUCCAUGUUAGAAAGUAUCUGAAAUACAUUAACAUGAUAGUAAAUACACUAUCAUCGACUGGAUACAUGACAGUCGCAGCAGAAGAAGAAGAAGACGACAAUCUUUUAUAAAGCGCCUCUCAAGAUAAAAAUCACGAGGCCCAUCACCAAAACAAAACAAAAAAAAGUAUAAAAAGAUUUAAAAAAUGAUUAAAAAUAUGUUUAAAAGGAGAAAAGAAAAAAAAUUUAAGGAAAAAGGGAGAGAAAAUGAAAAGGGAGAGGGAGAAUUGGAGCUGAAUAAGGAGAGGAUGAUGAAGGUCAUACAAAAGCCAGUCUGAACAGAUGAGUUUUCAGCUGCUUUUUAAAGGAGACCACUGAGUCCACUGAACUCAGGCUCAGGGGGAGAGAGUUCCAGAGUCUGGGGGCCACAGCAGCAAAUGAUUUGUCACCUUUGGUCUUUAGCCUGAUGCUGCACAACCAGCAGGCUUUGAUCACUGGACCUCAGGGACCUGCUGGGAGUGUAGGGACUAAGAAGAUCACUAAUGUAGAGAUGGUGCUUGUCCAUGUAAGACCCUAUAAACCAGAACCAGCAUCUUGAAAUGAACCUUGAAGUUGACUGGCAGCCAGUGAAGCUGGAGGAGAAGCGGGGUGAUUUGGGUGUAUUUGGAGGACUUGGUCAGAAGCCGAGCACAGGCAUUCUGAACCACCUGUAGACGGUUCAGAGUAGACGGUUAAAUCUGCAUGAAUUCUUUUAUGUUACUUAUUACUUUCAUUUAAAUUUGAGUUCACCAAGAGAAAUUGAAGAGACAAUGUGUAGUUUUACCACCCAUCCAUCAAAAUGUUGAAAAUGAAUGAAAUGAUGCCCAGUUGUUGAAAAAUAUUGGCAGCUUCGUAACAUAUAAUCAUCAAACUCUGGUCAAAAACACACGGGAGUGGGUCCAAGUCUUUGGGUGAUUUCAGACGCCAUGUUUCCUUCUACAGGGGAACAAAAUGCAUUUACUGAUUUAUAACAAAGAAAACUUAAAAAAACGUUCACCAUUCAUAAAUGUUGAUUUACACAUUUGCCUCUUCACUCAUUGCCAGUGAUGUAACAGAGUCUGAUGUGCUUGUCAUUUUGCUGGAGGUUGAUCUCGCAGGGAUUUUUGUCCAUGGCCAUCCUUGGUAAGGUCCACUCAAACACAAAAAUACUGCUUUAUUGCAACUUUUUAGGUGUGUACUGCCCCCCAUUACCAGGAAAAAUACACACCGUCACUUUAAGAUCAUUACUGAGUAAUUUUCAUGACUUUUCACACAAAAUGCUAGCUGUUACCAUUCACUCAAUUGUUUAUGCUAAGCUAAAGCUGAUGAAAUACUGCCAGAUUAAGGGAAUA